AUGACAACAGAAGCGCUGCUCGUUACUGAUCUUCAUUCAUCACGAUGGUACAGCAUUUUUCGAUUCUUAUCAAGAUUUAAUAGACAAUCGAUUUCUAUUUCUCGUCUACUGACUGUAUUGCUGACAACAAUAAAGUCAUUCUCGUGGAAAAGACCUGUAAAAUUCCUAAUAUGCGGAUUUAUUGUGCCCUAUUUUCUGUUCUCAGCCUAUUGUCCAAUCUGGCUUGCUCUUCAGUCUGAGUCGUAUACAGAAAAAUCAAUGAAUGAAACUCCUUUAUGUCCAUGUCAGGUAAGCAUAAUGUGGGACGGAGACCAAUUCGGCUUUAACGUCGAUCCAAGUUGUGAUGCACGAAAGUCGGGAUAUUGGAAUUGUCGAUUUCAUCAAGGAGCAAAAGGAUGCUACCGUCGUAAAUCGACAAAGAGUGCUGCUGGAGCACAGUGUUGCUACGAUAAGAAUGGUAUAUGGAUAGCUGAUUGGAAAAAAGGAGCUGGCACACUCGAUAUGUACUAUCCACAGACUCUGACAACUAUUUCAACAUAUCAACAUUUUUUCUCAGAUGUUCUAUCGUAUUUUUCAUGUUGUAUCGGUGCGAGCAAAAUCCUCAAUUCUUGUGAGCACUACAUGAAAUAUCGACCACCAGGUAAAUGUGAACAUCUGUUACUGACACCAGUAUAUGCGAGUGGAGAUCCCGAUUCAUUAACAUUGACAACGAGUCCGUGCAGAUUGAAUGAGUAUUGCUAA